AAUGGUACAACCAUUGAAAACACUUUCAUUAAAGAGCGUGAUAUCGAGGAGAUUGAUCCCAUUAACCACGAUGAUCGUGACUCAAUCAAAGAAGCAUGGAAAAAUCUAUGUCUUAAAGAUCACUUGCUCUUACAUUCUACGAUACUUGUGUUGCCAACUAACAAAAAAGGAAUCUACAUUAUAUACCGUCGUCGCGAAACCAACCUCCGUGAGGGUAAAUUUACACCAGUAAACCAACUUUAUCACAGAGGGAACAUCAAAUUUUCCAACACUCCAAAACCAGAAGUAACCGGUAAUUACUCUUACGCUCCCCCAUCCGAUCUGAACGAGGCCAAAUACAUCAUACCUGAUCUUCAUAAUAAUAUUAACUAUGACCAACUCAGAAAAUUGGGGACA